AUGAUGAGCAUCCAAGAGGAGUUCGAGAAGGCAGAGGAGCACGUCCUAAACUUCAAAGGUUCCAUCAAGGGCUGGAGAGUGAUUCCGCGUGAUAGGAUUGCCAGUGCACGGUUUCUGUUCACGGACUACUUCGCAACUGUCCCAACAUUCCAUGAAACUUUCUUUCGUCGUCGCUACCGGAUGAGCAGAAACUUGUUCUUGCAGGUAGUGGAAGGCGUGGAGAAGGCUGAUUACGACUUCAAGCUGAGGAAGGAUUGUUGCGGAAAACUUUCUUUCUCUCCUAUGCAGAAAUGCACGGUUGCACUAAGAAUGCUUGCUUAUGGUAAAGCAGCAGAUGCAAUUGAUGCAGAAAUACUGAUGGGGGAGACCACGGUCUUGAAGACCAAGGUGCAAUUUGCACACACUGCGGUGAAGGUGUUCAUACCCGAGUAUCUGAGAGAGCCAACUGUGGAGCACAUUGAAAAAUUGAUGGCAAUAGGAGAAGCAAGAAGAUUCCCCGAUACGCUAGGUUCAGUUGAUUGCAUGCACUUGCAGCGGAAGAACUCCCCAAUAGGUUUGCGUGGGCAAUAUCAAGGUCACGUCCAAGAAGCCACCGUCAUACUUGAAGCAGUGUCAUCGCAUGACUUGUGUGAAUUUGGCAUGCUUUCUUUGGCACGACAGGUUCGUGCAAUGACAUCAAUGUGCUCCAACGAUCUCCUUUGUUCAAAAGACUCUGUGAUGGCGAAGCCCCACCGUGCAACUAUACCAUCUACAGACAGAACUACACCAUGA